AUGCGUGCAAGUUCCAUUGAUAUCCAUCCGAAUGCAGAAUGGUCACAGAAUGGUAUCACUGUUGCUGGAGGAAAUGGAUGGGGCAGUGAAACCAAUCAACUCGCUAACCCAUGGGGUUUGUACGUCGACGAUGAUCAAACGAUUUAUGUCGCUGAUCACGAUAAUCACCGUAUUAUGGAAUGGAAAUCUGGUGCAACGAAUGGAAAAGUAGUUGCUGGUGGAAAUGGACAAGGAAAUGGAACUCAUCAGUUAAAUCACCCAGUUGAUGUGAUUAUCGACAAAGAGAGCGACAGUCUCAUCAUCAGCGAUUGUGGGAAUAGAAGAGUAGUCCGAUGGCCUCGUCGAAAUGGUACUCGUGGAGAAACAAUUAUUUCAAAUAUCGCUUGUGUGGGUUUGACAAUGGAUGACAAUGGUUCUCUCUAUGUCGUUGACUGGAAACAACAUGAAGUGAGACGAUAUAAAAUUGGUGACACUAAAGGAACAGUAGUUGCAGGUGGUAAUGGAGAAGGAAAUCGUCUCGAUCAACUCUCUCGCCCCCACUACAUAUUUGUCGAUCGAGACCAUUCAGUUUAUGUGUCUGAUUGGAAAAAUCAUCGUGUAAUGAAAUGGGAAGAAGGUGCAAAACAAGGCAUUGUCGUAGUCGGUGGUCAAGAACAAGGAAAUAGCCUUACACAAUUGAAUGAACCUGAAAGAGUCAUUGUUGAUCAAUUGGGUACUGUCUAUGUGGCUGAUUCUUGGAAUCAUCGAAUCAUGCGCUGGCCAAAAGGAGUCACACAAGGGAGUGUCAUUGUUGGUAGAAACGGUUAUGGAGCACAGUCGAAUCAACUCGCUUCUCCCAUAGGUUUAUCAUUUGAUCGACAUGGUAAUCUCUAUAUCGCCGAAUAUGGAAAUCAUCGAGUACAAAAAUUUGAUAUCGUAUGAAAUUCAAUACGAUGAUGAAUUUUAUUCUUUUUUGUUCUCUUUCUCUUACAAAUCGUGAUUGAAUGAAAAAAUGAAUUCAUAGGUAUUCUAUUCGCGCGCGCGUCCAGGAACCAUCCUGGUGGAGCCGUGGCGAGGUAAUGCUCAUGCACGCCCGGGAAGACCCACAUCAUCCAUAUACACCCAUCCGAUGUCAUAUGUCAGUGAGUCUGGGGUCCGAUCGUGUGCCACGAACACCAAGACAAAUCCUGGCCGAGCUUUUAGGGACCACCCGCAAGUCCUUCUUAGAAGGUGAAACCCUAAUCUCAACGUACCUCACUCACUCUAACUUCUCUCAUCUCAAGAAAAAAAAUGACUCACUCGUCGAUGUUGAAUGAUGUUGAUAACUAAAAGGAAAAGAAAAAAAUAUUUAAACGAUGAUGAAAAAAAAGAUAACUUACCCCUAUUAUCUAUUUCUUCAUAAGUCAAUUGCUAAAAUAUAAAAACAUUUAUAAAAAAGAUCAUAGGAGGACUUACCACCCUCCAAAAUAAUCGUAAAAAGAAAAAAAAAUUAAAAUUAAUACCUACAUUUUUUUAUUGUGUUGAUUUGAAUAAUUUUGUAUGGUUGAAGCCAAUCUAAACUAUAAAAAGAAAAGAUUAGAAUUUGAUUCAAUGAAUUGAAUGAUUUUUACAUGGAAAAUCAUUCAUAUUUAUAUGUUAAAAAAUCGAUAUUUUUCUUUUUUUUUCGUCAGAGAGUGAUCAAAAGGCGAUAAUAAUUAAGCUAUCAUCAACAUAUACACAUACAUUGAGAUAAAUUCAAUCACAAAUAUCUCAAUGUAUGUGUAUGGGAUAAUGCUUAAUUGAUAUACACAUGGAUUAUGUCAUAUUAUCAUUGAUCAUCAAUGAUAACCUGAACAAUCACGACUUACGGACGAGAGAAGAAAGGGUGUGGGUGUGGGUGUGGGUGUGUGUAGAUGUGGGUGGUUGUGGGUGGGUGUGGGUGUGGGUGUGGGUGGGUGGGUGUUGGUGUGGAUGGGUGGGUGUGGGUGGGUGGGUUUGUGGGUGUGGGUGUGGGCGUGGGUGUCCGUGUGGGUGUGGGUGUGGGUGCGUGGGUGGGUGUGGGUGUGUGGGUGGGUGAGUCUAUGGGCUUUUUUAUUUCAAACUGAAUUCUAAAAUCAAAAAAACCACACCAAUUUCUUCCGAAUCAAACUUUUCUCGCUUGAUACUACGUAGUCUCACUAAAAACCCUUAGUCCCCCCUAGUCCUGCAAAGUCCCCCUUAGUCCCCCCCACAAAAAGCUUAGUCCCCGCUUAGUCCCCUGUGCAGGGGACUAAAGCCUAUAGUACACAAAACCACAAGCACACCCUUACCCUCACUCGCGCGCCCACACCCGCACCAUGGGUGUGGGUGUGUGUGUGGGUCCCAGACCAACACCCACACCCUCAGUCACCCCCCCCCCCCUCACUCCUAGACUCACGUUUCAGUUUGAAAUCAAGUAUUAUUUUUAGUUGAUAAAUUCAGACUGAAAUUAAAUAGCCCAUUGUAUGGGGUGGGUGUGGGUGUGGGUGUGGGUGUGGGUGAGGGUGUGGGUGUGGGUGUGGGGUGUGGGUGUGGGUGUGGGUGGGUGUGGGUGUGGGUGUGGGUGGGUGUGGGUGUGGGUGGGUGUGGGUGUGGGUGUGUGGGUGGGUGUGGGGUGUGGGUGUGGGUGUAGGUGUGGGUGUUCGGUGUGAAUGUGGGUGGGUGUGAGUGUCGAUGUGAGUGUUCCUGUGAGUGUAGAUGUUGAUGCGUUAGUGGAAGUGUUCGCCUAGCGACUUAUGGUCCCAUAUCCACACGCACAUCCACCCACCCACACACCCACACCCACACCCACCCACACACCCACACC